UGUGUGUGUUUGCCUGCCUGUGUGUGUGAGUAGGAAGCAGAAGGACAGAAGGGACCGUUCACUGUGGUCUACAAAUUUGAUUCUAUAAAGAUGAAAGAAGUCUUUCAAAUUAUUUUGGGUUGUUCAGCCAGCAGAUGACCUGGAACCCCAGCCUUGUUUUCAGAACAGCUUUCUCCUCUAAACACUUCAUGGUGAUGGUGACUGGAGUGUUACUUACUCAUCUAGUAAUGUCUGCGCUUUAAGAGGAGCAAUGGUUUACCUCCGCAGUUAUGUACAGUACCAGCCUACCACAGAUAAUACACUGUGGUUUACGAAAGUAUCCAACAAGCAGCUAGUUGAUCUAGAACACAAUGCAGACUAUACAGGUCGUGUUGAGUCCAGCUGUAGAGAGGACAGAUGUACCCGGUCCAGAUGUCAUGGAACAUGUACCCUGAGAAUCAAAGAUCUGAGGCAGAGUGACUCUGUGGCUACAAGGUUAGGUUCACAACAAACCUAACCUUUUAGGUUUAGGGGCGCCCCAAGGGAUCUUGGGGCGCAAGAUCAUUCCCUAAUUUACCGACGCGUGGCACAGGAGGCAAAAGAACGCUCUGCGCCAGUUGCAAACUAGCAACGACACAUGCGCCAGUGAACCUCCAGGUGAAGGUGUCCUUUCCUUACCCAACUGAUCCUACCAGGGCAGAGCUGGAGUGUCACAGUAUGUGUGAUCUAGCUAGUGAAACUCCCUACAUCUGGUUCAGAAAUGGACAUAAUGUAGGACAGGGAGUGAAAUACAGGGUCUACAUUCAGUCUGGAGACUGCUUCUCAUGUGCCGUUGAAGGAUCAGAUCUCCGGUCUCCUUCAGUGUACGCUCCGAAGACCCCCUCAUUGACUGUGAGUCCCUCUGCUGAAAUAGGGGAGGGCAGUUCAGUGACUCUGAGCUGGAGCAGUGAUGCAAACCCCGCAGCUAACUACACCUGGUUCAAGAACAACCAACCUCUGCUCUGGGAAACAAAUCAACCUCAUACCUUCCCCUCGGUCCGCCCUGAAGACGGAGGAACAUACCUCUGUCACGCAGAGAACCAAUAUGGCCAUAUGAGCUCUCAUUCGCUAUUCUUUGAUGUCCAGUGUGAGUUCAAUAUCUGAAUUAUAUGUAAAAAUUACUUUAAAAUGUAGAACUUCAUACCUCACAGUAAUGCAUGAAUACUACAUAUUCAUGUAUUACUGCUGGCCCUGUAAACAACCCUGACUUACUUAUCAUACUGGCAUUGCGGUUGCUGCUAAACUCGGUCUCAUAACUUUAGGAUGGAUAAAUUGUUAUUUUGUGUUCAUGACAGAUGCUCCAAAGACCCCCUCAGUGACCCGGUUUCCAACUGGUGAAAUGGAGGUUGGCAGAUCAGUGACACUAAGCUGCAGCAGUGAUGCCAACCCAGCAGCUAACUAUACCUGGUUCAAGGAACAUCAAGACCCAGUGAAGGAAUUAGGACAGAACUACAACAUCAUUAAUAUCACAUCUGAGCUUGGAGGAAACUAUUACUGCCAAGCUCAUAAUGCAAUCGGACAUCAUAAUUUCACUUUUUUGCUCAUUAAAGAAGAAAGAGGGCCUCCAGAAAAUCAUGUGGACAGGGAGAAAGGCCAGAUACCGUUGAGGAGGUGUGUUUAAAUAUCUCCACAGAACAACUGAGUGAGAGAGGAGAGGACUCACUAUGCAUUUAAGAUCAGCAGCAGGAGGAUUUCUAGCUUUCCUUCUGUCAGUACCAGUGCUUCAGGGUAAUGGUGACUGGAGAGUUACUUACUCAUCUAGUAAUGUCUGUGCUUUAAGAGGAGCAACGGUUUACCUCAGCUGCACUUAUGAAUACCCUGACAACGUACAGUACCGCCCGACAACAGUCAGAACACUGUGGUUUACUAAAGGGGACAACUAUCAGCCAGUUGAUCUGGAACACGAUGCAGACUAUACAGGUCGUGUUGAUUCCAGCUGUGGACUGGUCAAAUGUACCGGGUCAAGAUGCCAUGGAACAUGUACGCUGAGAAUCAGAGACCUGAGACAGAGUGACUCUGCUGUCUACAAGGUUAGGUUCACAACAAACCAACCAGGUGGGAAAUAUACUGGUGACCUUGGAGUGAAGUUAUCUGUAAAAGAUCUCCAGGUGAAGGUGUCCUUUCCUUACCCUACCAUUCUUACCUUGGCAGAACUGGAGUGUCACAGUAUAUGUGGUCUAGCUGGUGACCCUCCCUACAUCUGGUUCAGGAAUGGACUGUAUGUAGGACAGGGAGUGAACUACAGGGCCAACAUUCUGUCUGGAAACAGCUAUUUGUGUGCUGUUGAAGGAUACGAACAUCUCCGAUCAACUUCAUUGUACGCUCCAAAGACCCCCUCAGUGACCGUGAGUCCCUCUGGUGAAAUAGAGGAGGGCCGUUCAGUGACUCUGAGCUGCAGCAGUGAGGCCAACCCAGCAGCUACCUACACCUGGUUCAAGGUUAUUACAGAUUAUUCCUCCAGAGAGUUGAUGCAGGGACCACAGCUCCACUUUGGAAGCAUCCUGUCUUCAGACUCUGGACAAUACUAUUGUCUAGUUCAGACUGAGCUAAGGACAAAAUCUGAGUCAAUCUAUGUUACUGUAAAAUAUGGGCCUAAACAAACAUCUGUGUUAUCGAGUCCCUCUGGUCAGAUAGUGGAGGGCAGUUCAGUGACUCUGAGCUGCAGCAGUGAUGCCAACCCAGCAGCUGAGUACACCUGGUUCAAGAACAACCAACCUCUGCUCUGGGGACCAAGUCAACGUCAUACCUUCCCCUCAGUCCGCCCUGAAGACAGAGGAACGUACCACUGUCAGGCAGAGAACAAAUAUGGACAUCUGAGCUCUAACUCGCUAUUUUUAGAUGUCCAGUACGCUCCAAAGACCCCCUCACGGACCAUGAGUCCCUCUGGUGAAAUAGAGGAGGGCAGUUCAGUGACUCUGAGCUGCAGCAGUGAUGCCAACCCAGCAGCUAACUACACCUGGUUCAGGGAACAUGAAGACUCAGUGAAAGGAUCAAGACAGAACUACACCAUCACUAAUAUCACAUCUGUGCUCGGAGGAAACUAUUUCUGCCAAGCUCAUAAUGCAAUCGGACUUCAUAGUUCCCCCUUUUUGUUAAUUACAGUUUGUGUUCAGUGUUUGAAAGUGGUGACAUCAUCAUCAUGGACAACAACAGUAGCAGUGAGAACCAUCGUUGUCUUCCUGGCCACCGUACUCCUUCUCGUCUUCCUCUGGAUGAGAAGAAAGAGGGCCGCCAGAAAGGCAUGUGGACAGGGAGGAAGGCCAGAUACCGUGGAGGAGCUACUUCAUGUUCCUGUCUAUGAAAACAUCUCAGCUCUGACCAAUCGCUUGGCUCAUGCAGCACAGAGAGAACCAAUAGAAGAGCAGGAUGGCCGUCACUGUGCCAUCGUCCACACCUCUCACUCAGAGAACCAGGAAGUGACUCGCUGGUUGGCUGGCUCCCGUGUCCAAUCAGAUCAGACAGAUGAGGGACCAGGACCAGACCGAGAUGGGAGGUGGGAGUUGUAAGCAACGUCAAAUCAACACCCCAGAGUGUGAACCAGUAGCCCCAGCAGGAUUUAAACAAUGGGACUGAGUAAAGUGUCUCAUUUAUUCGAUUUGAGAUCAUCUAAAGGUGCUUGCACACCGCCUCGCUGCCGGAGGGUUCAGUGCGGCGGUGUGAAGGGCCAGGCGUUUUCCAUAGCGGCUGCUACUGCUGCUGCUGCAGCUGCUGCCGCCUGGCGUCUGCCGCCGAACGUUUCAACAAGGGGAAAGCUGAGCGGUAGGGCAAAAUCUGUGCGUGUUCACGUGGGCGGCAACCGUUUCCUGGUUUUCAGCCGCUUUUGUAACCGCCUCCCCUCUGCCGCCCUUCCCUCAUUGAAAUGAAUGGAGGCGGUGAGUAGCCGCGCGGCGGUGUGACAGCAGCUUUAGGGAGAAGAUGAUCCUGUUAUGGCUUUCGUUGGAGCAAGCUGCACAGAAGUUUGCAGUCCAGGCCAGUGGAGCCGCUCAUGCUCAAAGAUUUGUCUCGCAAAGCUCUAUCCCAAAGGUUCAAAGGGCAUGCCCAUCAAAGCCUAUGUAAUCAUGAAUUACCAGAGCAAUCGCUCAUUAGCAAGACCAGAGUUCUUCAGGCUGUUCAGUGUGAAGAGCAAACCAUUCCCGUACUAUCUCAGAACUUGCUCUGGCAUCAUAGAAACAUCCGGCAAGAGGGCAGAAGGAUUUGAAAUCGAGUCACUGGACGGCACAGUUCUCAUUUCACUCCCACCACUCAUUGAGUGUCAUGAGAUCCCGAAUAAUCGGUCCGAGAUUCCAACACCUAACGCUGUUCUUCAUCAGCCUCAUCUCCAUCACAUUGCCGAGCCAUAGGCUACAGUGCCACCCCAUGGUAGAUAUAGGGACCUGCCUCUGUAGUCAUAGACUAUAGCUCUAAAUCUCUGUUAUCAAUUUGUCAUACCUGUUUAGGUGGCUAGGCUAACUACCGUCACCGGAGCAAGUCCGGCUGUUUUCAAAAGCAUCUGUCAUUUCAAAAGCAACAACAAGCAGAUCGCACAUAUCCUAACAACAGAACUGACAAGAGAAACUUAUAACUUAUAACACAUGUCUACAUUAAGUUGGGUUUAGGUAUGCAAUAAUAAACAGACAAAAAAUAAAAUGUUCAUCACUUCA